AUGCACAACCUGCAUGGCGUGGCAUUGCCCGAAUACUGUUCCGUUGUGGCGGAUACUCGAUCUUCUUUGGUUGGUGUCCUUUCGCCUCCUCCUCUCCAUCCAGGCACUUCUAUUCAUCUUGGUCCUCGGAUUGAACCGUCUGCACCACCUGAGUCUGACUGCUCUCUCAUCUCUAAGGCAUCGAUGGUGAUAAAUUCGGAUGGCCCGAGUGUCACUCUUCCUCCACACGAUCAUAUAAUCGAAGACACAGUCUCAUCACACUCAGCAUCUGCCUCUAAUAGCCAGUUGACAAGUGGUGAGAGCUCUGAUUUUUAA